CUCCUGCAGCGCCUCGCCCUCCAGCAUGCCCGCUCACAGCGCCGCCGCCGCCGCCGGCCUCCUCGUCCUCCUGGGAGUCGUGCUCGCGUCCAGCCACCCUGUGCAGUACCUGUCCGACGACUUUGUAGGCAGAGUGGAUUCCCUCAAGACGAAGCUGGGCCUGACGAAGCCGAACAUCGGCGGCAGUCCUCUCUUUGCAGAAGUCAUCAGGAGCAUCAACUCCUCCUGCCAGCAGAGAGACGACAUGCAGCUGAUGAACGCCACCCUGAACGUCUACCGGCGCGUCUUCUCCAGCAUCCUGGAGCAGGAGCAGGAGCCCUCGUCCCUGCUCGCCCACCAGGGGGUGAAGGACGUCGUCUUGUACCUGCAGGAGAAGAUGGAGACCCUGCAGAAGCACCUGAGCCACGCCAGCCACCACAGGGAGAGGCUGCUCAGCUCCCUGAACCGAAUCCAGGUGGACGAUCCGGUGGUGCAGCGGAAAGCCCUGGCCGAGGUGUUGCAAGUCUACCAGGCGGUGUCGGUGGUCAAUUCCCGGAGCCACUGAUCGCUGCAGCGCAGCAACCUUAUUCACACCGAACCUUUAUUUCUUGAUUUGAUUGCGGUUUAGAGUUAAUCUGUUUCCAUGGCGACUGCUGUAUUUAUCGUUUAUUUAAGGAGUCGGUUUUCAUCCGCCCAGCCCAAAGCUACGUAUUUAUCACGUUGUAGAUCACCAUGUUUUAUUUAUGAUUUAUUUAUGUUUAUUUAUUUGUCAGGUGUGUUGGAAUAAA